AUGUCUACUGAGAGGAAGGAAGCGUCACUUCGUGUACGAAUAAAUCACGUUGAUUAUACUCUUGUGCAUCCUGGCAUCCUGGACAAUGCGUCGCUCCCCCGUGUACCUGUUAUUCGAAUCUAUGGCGACUCUUCCUUGGGUCAGAAGGCUUGUUUGCAUAUUCAUCAAGUGUAUCCCUACUUCUUUGUCGAGUACCGUGGCAAGCUACAUCCCGAGAGUGUCCACCGCUACAUCGCCAGACUCAGUCUAUCGCUCAACCAUGCUAUUGCCGUCUCAAUGAAGCGAAAUCCCCAUUCCCUAAACUCCCAAUUCAUAAGGGCAAUAAUCCUCGUCAAAGGUGUCCACUUCUACGGGUUCCACGACACCUACUCGCCCUUCCUCAAGGUUCACAUCACAGACCCGGCUUUCGUCAACCGUGCCGUCACUAUCUUACAAUCAGGGGUCGUCAUGCAGACUCAUUUUCGCGUCUUCGAAAGCCAUCUCAGCUACGUAUUACAGUUUCUGUGUGACUUCGGCUUGUAUGGGUGUGGAUGGGUUGAAUUGGAUGAAAUCUUGCAGCGCACGAAGAACUCCGUCAUAGACGUAGAUGAGGAAGGAGAGGAAGGGGAUGCACUUCCAUUCCCCGAAUCACCGUACCCCCGCCAGUCGCGUAUGCCAUUUGAAUUCGAUGCUGCCGCACAUCAAAUUUUGAAUAGGCACUCCCUAAGUGCCCGCGACAUCCAUCACGAACUCCGGAUACCAGCACCGCCGCUCCCGCCAGAACCCCUAGUAAUCAGUGUACGUGAGCUGUGGGAGGAUGAACGCCGGCGGCGGGCGGCGAAG